AUGAGGUGCAUCAAACGCACGGCUAGGCGAUCGAUAGGUCCUAUGACUGAUGCGGGACCUAGCCAGACGCAGGCUACAACGGGUCCCUCUAGUGAUUCACAGGGUGCGAUAAAAAAGAGAGGCCACACACGAUGCCUCGAAGUUUGGAAGAUGCGUGAAGGACAACGCAUUACUAUUCCCAUCAACACUAAAGGACAACCCGUUGGUGACAAUGUUAACAAGUUGACAAACUUCCUAAGGACUAUAGCACGCAAUGGGGAAUAUGCACCCCUUACAUUUACUGAUUGGAGGGCAGUGCCGAAUGAGAAGAAGGAUGAUAUGUUAGGACUUGUUAUGUCUAAGUUUGAGUUUGACGCGGAUGCAAAGAAGUGGGUGUUACAAUCAAUUGGUAGAAAAUGGAAGGAUUGUAAAGGUGAACUAAAAAAACUCUACUAUUCUCCUCAUGAGAUUAACGAGGAGCGGCUUGCGAACCUUGAUAAACGGGUCAAAGAGGAUCAGUGGAAGGCUCGUAGUAAGACAAGUUUAGAGAAUCGAAAAAGACAAUUAAUCGGCCACGCUGCAGGCUCAAAGAGCUUUGCACGGAUACGUGAGGAAGAGAGGAAGAAAACGGCUAGUGGGGAGGAUCCAAGCCAGGCAGAUGUGUUUAUAUUGACCCAUACGUGCAAGAGUGGUAGGCCUGUGGAUGAGGCUUCAUUAAGAGUAAUGGAACAACUUAAUGAACAAAUUUCUCAGCAGCUCGAUACCUCACAGAAUAGCACAGGAAGGAAUGACUUGUUCUCUCAAGUAAUGGGAGAAGAUCGACAUGGCCGAGUCCGCACUUAUGGGUUAGGCCCCACUCCUACUGAUUUGUGGGGAACAACACAUAGCCAACGAAGGAUUGCCUCCGCUGCUCAGAGUAGAAAUGAAGAAUAUAAAGGACUGCAGAUUGAAGUAUCAUCCCUAAAAUCGGAAGUUUCAUCCCUAAAAUCGGAAGUAUCAUCCCUAAAAUCAGAUUUUUCAUCUUUUAAAGAAUCCAUGGCGCAGCUGAUAUCCUCUAUGACAAAUCUGAAAUCCACAGUAUCAGAUAAUUUAGCUAAUCUCAACCUAAACCAACUGGCCUCAUCAUCAAGCCAGGGACACUUAGCGAAAAAGGGAAAGACUACGACUUGCAGUAGUACCGGGGACGUAAUCGAAGUUCUUCUUACUAGUAUCCGUGGGGUUACUGUCGCUAGAGGGAUUGUCUUGAGUAAGGAUCCGCUCACAAAAGUAGGCAGGUUCCCACUUGGAAAUGGUUUUUGGGAAGUAUAUAUUUAGGUGGCAAUUGUACGUGAAGAGACUUUGAUGAGACCCUAUGGACGAUACAGAACAAUUGGGGAUGUGACUGGAACGAGUAUUUGUUGGCCUAAUUGUUGUUGUUUGGUUGUGACAACUAUGGAUUGAGCUAAAUGGAGGGAUCUCUCUCUCUCUCUCUCUCUCUCUUUUUG